AAAAUGUAUGGAGAGAAUCAGUCUGUGGUAUCAGAAUUUGUGCUAUUGGGACUUGCUCAUUCACAGAGUAUUCAGGCCAUACUCUUCAUGAUGUUUUUGGUGCUUUACCUACUCAUUGUAACUGGAAAUAUUGCUGUAGUGGUCUUAAUCACCACGGACCACCAUCUCCAUUCUCCUAUGUACUUCUUGUUGGCCAACCUGUCCUUUGUUGAUAUGUGGCUUUCCUCAGUCACCACUCCUAAAAUGAUCAUAGACUUUCUCAGGGAAAACAAGACGAUUUCCUUUUCAGGAUGCAUGUCUCAGGUCUUCUUCAUCCAUUGCAUUGGUGCAGGAGAGGUGGUGCUCUUGGUGGUUAUGGCUUAUGAUCGUUAUGUGGCCAUCUGCAAACCACUCCACUACCUCAACAUUAUGAACUUGAAAAAAUGUACUGGGUUGGUGUUGACUUCUUGGGUAACUGGUUUUUUCCAUGCCAUGAGUCACAUGGUAGUAAUUGUAGAGCUGCCUUUUUGUGGUCUGAAGGAAGUUGAUAGUUUUUUCUGUGAUAUGCCACUGAUAACCAAGCUAGCCUGUAUGGAUUCUCAUGACUUGGAUAUCUUAAUGAAUGCUGACUGUGGGGUUGUGGCUGUAACCUGCUUUAUUCUGUUGCUCAUAUCCUACACAAACAUCCUCGUCACUGUUCAACAGAGCUCUAAAGCUGGUGCAAAUAAGGCCCUGUCCACGUGCACUGCCCACAUCACAGUGGUGAUGAUCCUUUUUGUUCCUGGCAUCUUCAUCUAUGUGUGGCCCCUCAGUGUCACAUGGAUGGACAAAUUUCUUGCUGUAUUUUACACAGUUUUUACACCUCUCCUAAAUCCAACAAUUUAUACACUGAAAAAUAAAGAAAUGAAAAAUGCUAUGAAAAGGUUUGUAAAUAACUACUUGGAUUCUAACAGAAAUUUCUAUCCAGAAAUCAGUACUAAAUAUUUCAAAUAA